AGUCUUCGUUGCUUACCACACACCACUUGUGACUUUUAUCAGGUCCAUAGUGCGAAUUGAGACGAGGAAUGUGAACUUGACUGGUGCUUCUGUUAACCGUCUGUCCUCUUUUCUGCUGCUGGAGGAUCAGAAAGAACAGACAAGAUGGGAAUUGCUUGCGUUGCUUUUAUAGGGCCACAGAACAAUCCAUUAUACCUUAGAAGCAUGGACCCGGCCUCUGAUGAACAAUACUUGAAAUUACACUACGUCGUGCAUUGUGCGCUGGAUGCUGUGGAGGAGAAAGUGCUCUUGAAGCGCGGUCCUGGCGACGCGCAGGAUGCAUAUCUGGGGCUUCUAUACCCCACUGAGGACUUCAAAGUAUACGGCUACCUGACCAACACGCACCUCAAGAUCCUGCUGCUGCUGGACGACGAGGGGCCGGCCAAGGACGAGGUGGUCAUGCGGGUGUUCCGGCGGCUGCACUCGCUGUACGUGGACACCGCCUCCAACCCCUUCCACGUCUUCGGACUGCCCAUCAGCUCGGCCCGCUUCGACGUGCAGCUGGAGCAGAUCGUGGCGGUCUACCCCAAGCCGGGAGCCUCGCUGGGGGGCUUCCUCACGUGAAAGGGAAUGGGGGUGCGGAACACAUCGUGAGGAGCGGGCAGGGGGCCAUGGACCUGGGCUUGAAGGGAGAGAGAGGGGGAGAAAGAGGGAGAAAGCCCGAGGUGGCGACGUGGGGAGGUGUGUGCUGUGUGCUGUGCUGGGGAGUGAGCCAGUGUGGCGCGUAUGAGGAGGAGGCAUCACAUCACGCAGCAGCACCGCAACGCCAGCAGCAGCAGUUUCGUUGGUGGACGCGCAAGGGACGCAUGAGCAUGUCGCAUGCCAGCCCUUGUUGGGUGCAAAGGGCAGGCUGCUAUAGGAUGUCGGAGGUAAUUAUAAAUUGGAGGAUGGCAACUUUGCUGCUGCUGCAGCUGCUGCUGGAUUUUGUUGCAUCGCCCUCUCCUGUCGGUGGGCUUGCUAGGACCCUCGUUCUUCAAUGCCUUUUUUACACGGUACGACCUGACCAGAGCCAGGUCAAACCAAACCAAGCCAGGAGGAACCAGGUCCGCGUUU